AUGACGGUGGUCGAGGCCGAUGGACCCUGCAAGAAUACCGUAUUCCGCCCGCUUCAUAUACAUCGGAUCGACUUGGACGGCAGCCGGAAAACGACAACGGACCACGGCGGAGUGAUUCAGGCAGCGCGGAGCUUUCUGCGCAACGACCCGUACCAUCCGAGGCCUCGCAGCGCCAACUCGGCAGACGAAUUAGAGCCGCGGCCGAUGCUCUUCCACCGGCGCUUCCUCACAACGAACAAGUGCCGAAGCUUCUGGCGAUGCGUCUCUGACGAGAUGGAGAAGCGUUGCCUUUAUGGGAAUGCCUGCCAUUGA